AUGGCUCCCAUUAACCUGUGGAAUGCCCAGGAUGAUGAGCACAUUGUGUUGGAGCCAGGAGAUUUAUUCCCCCCAUUUUCCCCUCCUCCUUCCCCACGGGCCAAUGAGAAGAGAGGACCCCAGAGCCCCCAGCAGCACCGUCUCUUCAGAGUGGUCCGGACUCCAGUACUGGACAUGGUCAGGAACACGUUGGAGAUGGCAUUAGCUCGACCAGUCACGGUGCUCGAUAACGAGAGGUUUACAGUGCAGUCGGUUAUCACCAAGCUAGUUUGUCCUGUCGUGCUGGUGGCAUUCCUGCUCGUGAACACUGUCCGCUUUUGUUGUGAUGCACCCAGCCUCACCCCCAGCCGCUACCAUUUCUUUCAACUUCAGUUGAUGGGUGUUCUGCCCAUCUUGCCCUUGCUCUUCCCCGUCAUGUGGGUGCUGCUGAAUGCCUUCGGAGAGGCCAGGGUCCUUGCUGAGUUCAGCCGCGCAUCACCAGCUGGUCUGUUUACCAGCCCUCGGCCAGAAAGUUCACUUUGGAUGCUGCCUGAUAAAGAGAGGAGGCAAGGAAAGGAGAUGCUGCGUUGUGUGUGGAGGCACCUGGUUGACGUCCUGAAGGGAGAGUCUCAGACACUCUGUUACACUUCAAGCCUUUUACAUACUCUGGGAUCUGUCACUGUGCUGUGUUGUGUGGACAAGCAGGGUAUCCUGUCGUGGCCUAACCCCAGUCCAGAGACCGUGCUGUUCUUCAGUGGACAGGUGGAGCCCCCUCACAACAGCCAGGAUGAUCUUAGAGACGACCUGUCUGUCAACUCCUACUGCCACAUGGAGACAGAUGAGGACAGGGAUGAGGCCCAGGAGGCGGAGGCUCUGCUCGUCCUACCAGCAGAGUCCUCCACCCAGCUGGGAGAAGGUCCAGAGCCUAGUGAGACGUCACACGACACUCCUCGCUCGUCUGACAAUCCCCGGCUCCAGCGCUCCUGCCAGCCUGCACACACUCGAAUCAAACAUCACUCUGGAUCCAAUGUAAGCUUCAGCCAUGACACUGAGGGAGGGGAGGACGACCAGGGCCAGGACUUUGCGAUGGGCUGCUUGGAGAUGGAAGCCGAGGACUUUGUGUGUGACUACCACCUUGAGAUGCUGAGCCUGUCGCAGGACCAGCAGAACCCAACCAGCAUCCAGUUCGACGACCUCUCCUGGCAGUGCCACCUGCCCUCCCUCAAGCCUCUGGGCCUCAACAUCAUGCUGAACCUCUGCAACGCCAGCGUCACCCAGCAGCUCUGCCGCUUCUCCGACCACCUCUCCAACUUGGCUCUGCAGGAGAGCCACGGCACCGUGCUACCUGUCCACGUGCCCUGGGGGCUGUGCGAGCUCUCCAGGCUCAUAGGGUUCACUCCUGGUGCAAGGGAGCUGUUCAAACAGGAGAAUCACUUGGCUCUGUACCAGCUGCCAUCUGGAGAGAAGACCAAGGAGUUCACUUCCCGCCGCCUUCAUUACUUCACCAAACGCCAGCCUCCCAUCUCCCACCUUAUUUCCCUGUUCGUACGAGACUCUUCCUCCAAUAACGUCCAGAUGCUGUCACAUGGCUCGGCCGACCUUAUCCUGGAGGCCUGCACUGACUUCUGGGAUGGAACUGAUAUUUAUCCCCUCUCAGGCUCAGACAGAAAGAAGGUUCUGGACUUCUACCAGCGUGCCUGCCUGUCGGGUUACUGCUCAGCAUUUGCGUACAAACCCAUGCAAGUAUCGUUGUCCAGCCAACUGAAUGGGAAGUGUGUGGAGCUGGCCCCGGGGCCCUGCCUCUUCUCCGGAGUGGAACUUCCCUCCACUACCCCUAUCAAACAUAGCUCCUGCAGAAACAGCUGGAGCUCCGACGAGGGUAUAGGUGAAGGUGUGGAGCGUGAAGACUGCGUUCAGGCCCUCAGCGGGCAGAUCUUCAUGGGCAUGGUAUCGUCUCAGUACCAGGCGAAGCUGGACACGGUCCGACUCAUUGAUGCCCUGGUCACUGCCUGUAUCCGUUUUGUUUACUUUUCUAUGGAGGACGAACUCCGCAGCAAGGUUUUUGCAGAGAAGAUGGGUUUAGAGACAGGCUGGAACUGUCACAUCUCUUUAACUCCAAAUGGGGACAGUCCCUGUGAUGGAGCUCCAUCCAGCCCUGGUCACGGCUCCCUGCAUGAAGACCUUAACCAAGAUUCUCGGGAUGAAGCAGAAGGUCCACUGCUGCCAGAGGAGGAAGCCCACUCUGACCUGGCCAGUUUCCAGCCCACAGACAGCGAUGUGCCCAGUUUUCUGGAGGACUGCAACAGGGCCAAGCUACCUCGUGGUAUCCACCAGGUUCGUCCUCAUUUGAAGAACAUUGAUAAUGUGCCUCUUUUGGUGCCGCUCUUCACUGACUGCACCCCUGACACCAUGUGUGAGAUGAUGAAGAUCAUGCAGGAGAACAGGGAGGUUACAUGCUGUCUGGGAAGCUCCGCUAAUUUCCGCAACAGCCGCCUCUUUCUACAGAGUGAUGUCAGCAUCGCUCUGGACCCUCUGUACCCUUCACAGUGCUCGUGGGAGACGUUCGGCUAUGCCACCAGAGGAGGAUUCAACAGAGACGCCGAAGGCCUGUCUCCUCUGAGGCUCUCUGGACAGCUCAACAGUCUGGGCUGUUCCGUGACCUUCCACCAAGGCGAGAGCGUCAGCAUGGUCAAGCUCAUAGAGCAGGCACGACACACAACCUACGGCAUCCGCAAGUGCUUCCUUUUCCUGCUGCAGUGUCAACUGAGCCUGGUCAUCAUCCAGUUCUUAGCCUGUCUAGCUCAGCUUCCGCCUCCCAUGAACAUCACUGACAUCCUCUGGCUUUCCUGCUUCAGCUGCCCACUGCUAAGUGUGUCACUUUUGGGCAAGCCACCAGACAGCUCAGUGAUGACAGUUGCCACAGGGAAGAACUUAGAUGCAAUUCCAAGGAAGACCCAGAACUACUUUCUUGGCUGUUUCCUGUUGAAGUUUGGCCUGACAGCGUGUGCCUACCUGUUGGCCUUUGGGUUCACCCUGCAGGAGGUCUGCCUCAGAAGCACCAACUUAACCUUAGCUGACAACACCACUGUCACCUACCUUCAUUUACUCACAGCCAGCUCUUCAAGCGACGCUCCUCUCUGGUUCAGUGAGCUGUCAAACGGCCUGCUGCUGACUCAGAAGGUCAUGGCAGGGUUCCUCGCUUUACACACAGUGGUCAUCUCCCUCAGCUAUGUCCAUCGCUCUCAGCCUGUGUGGAGGAAGAGUCCCUUCAGCAAUACCUGGUGGUGUCUCACUGUACCUGUGGUUCUGGUCAGCCAGAUUGUUCAGGCCACGGUGGAUUACCAGUUAUGGCGUGACCAGGGCAGCCUCCUGACCUUUAACCUGGGCGACAUACCCCUGCUAGCCUGGCUGUUGGUCUCUCUGUCCCCGCUGCUGGUGGUGGUGGUCAACGAAGUGGUGAAGCUACACGAAAUACGGGUGCGAGUUCGCUACCAGAAGAGACAGAAGCUGCAGUUUGAAACAAAGCUGGGGAUGAACUCUCCAUUCUGAUGUGUUAACUCUGAGGAAGUUUGUGUCGUGGCAACACUGGGAACCAGUCAGUCUGUUCUGGAAACCAGGGAAGGCUGAACCCCCGUUAACACUCUGGCCCAACAGGACUGCAACAAUCAGGUGGAGCAGAUAUCAAGCAAAUGUCACGGCGUGGACUUCAUGACACAAAUGUUUUAGCUCUGUGUUCUUAAAACAGUUAAUAUUCUGUCAGUAAUUUCAAGGGCAGGGAAAAGGAAAAUUCCAAAGCAUUAUUUUCCAUUGAGUAGAAAAGAGCCAAAAAAAAACAUUUUCAUUGUGUGUUUUAGUUUUAAAGGCAUGAGGAAUGUUUUCUGAAGAGGUUUAUACUUCCUCACUAUCACUUCUGUUCUCCAUCUCUGAGAUGGCUGUGGUGGCUGCUUUCAUCUCCAGGAAUGCUCCAGGUCCCAAACAAUCCACUGAAAGCUUUCAGCGGAUGUUUUUGUGCUCAAGUGCUUUUUAACGUCAUCCAAUGACACACAUUGAAUUUUGUCAUGUCAUUAGACCAGCCCAGCCUUGAUUUAAUUUAACAUAAUAUCAGAAAAGGAAAAACACAUAAAAAAGAACAGGUAGUCUAUGGCCCCAAAGUGUUCAGUAUUAAAAAAAGUCAUUUUAUUUUUCUUAAUGACACUUUCUUUAUGUCAGUCACCACCCUCUGGUGACAACGCCACAUUCAUUAAGAAAGUGACGCUGAAACAAACAGUGUAUUGAUAUGAUUUUUUAUUGCAUGAUGUCUUUAAUGUAUUUAAUAUUGAACACACUGGGGCUCCAGAUGUAACAAGGUCGUCAUUGCUUGACAUCAACACAAUAUAUUGUAACACUACCUCUGAAAAAAUGUGACAAAUUGCUUCUCUAAGCUUUCUUUCUAAACCGUUCUGUCGUUCAGCCUUUGAGCCACAUUUUAAUCUUCACUGUGGUAGCCAGCAAGUUCUUUGUAUUUGUUUUUUUUUAUUUAGUGUUUUGCAACAAAUGUUCUUUGUUAUUCCCCACUUCUGCUAAGCUGAGGCCCGAUCUGCAGUAACAAAAUUAGGAAUGAACGAUUAAGGAUUGAAUUGGAUCUGUCAUGUGUUUACACACUAAAUCUACAUUUCAAUAUACACUGUAUACACAUUUAUCUAAUUGAAGAAUGUGCCAGCGUGCUAUUUUGAACCCGUCCAGCUGGCUGUGCAGUGAUCUUAGCAAGUGACUGGCUAACAUACCAGAGUCUUCUGAAAGGUGCUUCAUAUCAUUCAGUUGCCUUUCUCCUCAGCCUGUCUUUCUGUUUCAGCUCACGACACCUUGACAGACAGGCGCUCAGGAUACUGUUCAUUUCAAAGUAUAAAAAAAUGAAUAGUAGCUUUCUUCUGCGCAUUUCUUACAAUUACCCCAUAUUUCGUAUUUGAUGUGCUGACCAGCAUAUUCCAGAGAUUCGGAUUUUUUUUCCUGAUCAUCUUCAAGUGUCCACAUUAAUCUACUGUGUUCGGGGAUUUCUGUUCCCACAGUUAAUGUGCAGCAUCAGCAGCAGACGUCUGUUUCACUGAUGGUCUAAUUCAAUCAGACCAGCCUUCUGCAUGGUGCUGUCAUUAUCUUAGAUGGACAUGAUUUUAAUAUUGCUACUGUAUACAACUGGGAUGAUGGCAUUUACUGGUAAUACAUUACUCAGAACUAAAGACCAUGCUUUUAUUAUGUCAUAAAAACUGUCUUUAAAAAAAUAUGGAACUAUGAAAGUCACACAUCAGUGCUGGAUUAACUUUUGGAGGUCCCAGGGCAAAAAUGAGCUGCGAGACCCCGAUCAGUUUCUCAAUUUAUUUUCCAGAAAAUGUGUUAUAUCCUGAUGUAUAAAAUAUUGUUAUAUAAGAUAAUAUACACUGUUAUAUAGGAACUGUUUAUUUUUUCUUUUAUGUUUUUAUUUAUGUGGGAAUCAAGUCACAUAAAAUGACAAUUUUUACUCCAUUAUUAAAAUAUUUUCCUCUAAAAGAAACAAGUGGAUAGAGAAUUUUAUCCAUAUCACCCACCCCUAUUCUAAACAAAUUUGCAGUCAAUCUAAUGAUUACAAACUGAUCGACACAGUGAACCUGGGGCUUUUGAGAACCCUGAAGUUCUGAGGUCUGUUGGUAAUCCAGCCUUUAUUCUUGUCUACUUGUAGUCUUAUCAAACCAUGGCAUCUGGGGUUUGACCUCAGGUCUGUAGACACCAUAGAGGUCACUGGGGUCAUUGUUUCUUUCAUUAUUCUGUGAAAUGUGACUGCUUUUAAGCAACAAUAACUAAAUGAACAGGCUCAUGAUCUCAGUGUAUUUAAUGUCCUGGCUACGACCGGUUUAAUCUCUGCUCUCUUUUAUAUAUGUGCCUGUUUUUAGUUUUCCAUAGCUGCAAAUGCUCUUUAAGUUCCACAUUUAUAGUGGGGGUGUAUGUGAAGAGGUACAAGUAAAGAAGCACAAAAGUGAAAACAAGAUCAACAAUGACAGAUAGAAGGAGGGACGGAUUUAAAUAACGACAUUUGUUUUUUUUUACGGCAGUACUCAUGAUCACUUUCUGGAUGGACACAAAAGUCGGAGUGAAACUACUGAAGAUGGUGUUGAGACAAAGACACAUUUAGGAUUAAAUUGGCUGUUUUAUCUCAUGACAAACAUAUGGACUAUGCUGCAUGAAUAAGAUUCAGUGAAUGCUCUGUCUUGAUCAAUGUACAUGUUAUCUAUAAGUCUACUGUUUUGUUCACAACACAAAUGGACUCAGUCAAGCAUGGACGUCCUACUGUAUGUUACCAGACCUCUGGUACAACCUGCAACAUCGAUGCUAGGCGUUUCGAUAACAUCACCAUUCACAUGCUAUAAGUUGAAGCCUCUGACAGUUGAUUUGUAGGGUGGAGAUGGGUGAUGAUGAACUAUGAUAUAGUUGUUCACAAGAUACAUAAAUGUAUAUUUUGUAUUUUUUAAGGUGUCUAUGUUCAGGACUUUUGACAAGUUUGUGUAUUGAUUAUGUCAUAUUAAUAAAUAUGUUCUUUUAUUUA